GCGGAGGAAGUAAACAAGGAGUAUAAUAAAAAAAAGUUGUACAAUACAAAUGUUAUUUAGAUUUCUGAUCAAUAAUUAGAUUUCUGAUCAGUUGUUGCCGGAUUGGUCUGAAAGUAAGCAAUGGAAGAAAGCGAAAGAUUGAGAGACGAAGAAGAAGGAGAGGAGGAAGAGGAGAUAUGGAGCUGGGGAGCGGGCACAGAGGGCCAGCUGGGAACGGGGAAGCUCUCCGACGAGCGCCGCCCUCAAUUGAUUCGUUCUCUCUCCUCCUUUGGCCCCGUCUCUCUCCUCGCCUGCGGCGGCGCUCAUGUCAUCGCCCUUCUCUCAGGUGGAAGAGUGUUGACAUGGGGUAGGGGUUCAUCUGGGCAAUUAGGCCAUGGGGAAGCUGUUAACAGUCUGCAACCUAAGGCUGUUGAGGCUUUGGUAGACUCUGUUAUUAAAUAUGUUUCUGCUGGGUGGAACCACUCUGGUUUUGUUUCAGAGAGCGGUCACCUUUUCAUGUGUGGAGAUGGUACUUUUGGGCAGCUUGGCCUUGGUGAUCAUUUAUCUCACUCUUCUCCUGUAGAAGUACCAUUUUUUAGGUCUAAACAUGUCAAGCAAAUUGCUUGUGGCAUGCGACAUUCACUUGCUUUGGUCAAAGGUAAUAUGGGAAAUCGUGUUUAUGGAUUCGGGUCUGGAAAACGUGGUCAACUGGGUAUAUCUGAUGGUAAAGUAAGGUCAGUUGCUGUUCCUCAGGUCACUUUGGGCUUGGAAAAUCUCUCAAUCAACAUCAUUUUUGCAAAUGGAGACCAUAGUGCAGCGAUAUGUGGUGUGUUACAGUGAGGCCGUCAUUCAGCAAUGCUUCUCUAGGAUGGAAUCAUGCUCUUGUAUUAACAGGUGAUGGAGAAGUGUUGAUGAUAGGUGGCUAUAACUAUGAUGGUGCUUCUAGUGCUCAAAAACCACAGGUGAUGGAAAAAACAGGAAAUGAAGAGAUUGUUCAGAAGGUUGAUGCUCUCGUUGGGGUAAAGGUUCUCCAAAUUUCUGCAGGAGCUGAGCACUCGGCCUUGGUAACAGACGAUGGAUCGGUAAUGACAUGGGGAUGGGGUGAACAUGGUCAACUUGGCAUGGGAGAUACAAAUGAUCAAGCUCUUCCCCAAGUGGUUACUAUACUUGGCAAUUACAAGCAUGCUAAGAAGCCAUUUGUUGCCAAAGUUUACUGUGGCAGCGGAUUUACCUUUGUCGUAAGGAAGAAGGCUGUAAAUUAUCGGUAUUAAUUCACAACAUCCUAACUGGAUCAAUAGGUGUUUUUUAGAUCUGUUUUACAUCAAUAUGCAGUGUUGUUUGACCUCAAACUGGGUUCCUAGCUUCUUUUAAUAGUACUUGUACUGAUAAAAGUGGUUCCAUUUU